CCUUCCACCAACUUCAAACUUCGAAGGCCGCCCUUGCCCCUAUCAGAAGCUCGAGUCGCUCCGCGACAAGAACAACAUUCGGACUCCACAUCUCCCCGCGACACAUCAUGGCGGAAAACACUGGCGCAGGUCCCAGCACCGGCCCUGCGCCGCCGCAGGCUGUAUCGACAUCCCUCGUGCGCAAACGGACGACCGAUCUCGAACUGAUGCCCCCUCCCCCACCGACGAAACGGAUCAAACGGCCCAAGACAGUCAUCGACGAGGACAGCUACACCGAGGCGCUGUCGCACAUCAUCGCGCGGGACUUUUUCCCGGGGCUGCUUGAGAGCGAGACGCAGCAGGAGUAUCUUGACGCGCUCGAGUCAAAGGACGAAGCAUGGAUCGCCAGCGCGGGGAGGCGGCUGCAACAUGUCAUGACACCUGGCAGGAAGCGCAAUCAUGGGCGCAGGGGCACGUCGCUGGGUCUGACGCCCAUAUCUGGGCAGACGCCGAGGACAUUCGUUGGGGACACGCCAGUGUCUGUUGUGUCUGCCGUCUCUGCCGCGUCAACCACGAUGACGAGUGCAGACAAGGUUGAUGUAGACACUGCGAUGAGCCUAGGGGCAUUCCAGGCCAAGUACACAAGCGAGGACAACGAGAGCUUCUACAAGUUGCUCGACCGGCAAAACUCGAAAAAGGUAGAAAAGUAUGCCUGGCUGUGGAUGGGGAACAAGCUGCCGUCCCGGAUGCAGCUGAAGCAACGAGAAGUCGAGGUCCGGUUGCUCGAGGCACGCGGUAGUCUCGUGGACGAUGGGUUCAAGAGAGAUCGCCUGGCUAUCAAAGACGGGGACGAUCGCCCUGCGCAGUGCGACACGUGGAAGACUGCCCCGGACAAUGCGCUCAUGUUCGCGCCGGCCGGCGUAGAGGACACUGUCGCCACUACAACGUUUCAGAAAGCCGAGGCUGAAUCUCGUGCGCCACCGCGAGCAAUCAACUACCAGAAUACGCGGCUACCGCAGCCAGACAUCAGUAGUACAGAGGGGGAGUCGGUCCCGUCCUCGCCGUCGCUGUCAGCAGUGCGAGAUGCGAUUGCAGGGAAGAGGACUGAGCCGCGGGGGAACACGUCUACGGCAGUGGGGAGCGAGACGCCCAGAGUCAACGGAUAUUCGUUUGUAGACGACGAGGAGCCUGUUCACGAGCAGAAACCGCUCCCAAAGAUUGAUCUUGGACCGGGCGAUGACACACCAAACCCAUUCAUGAUCAAGGCGCAACCGCGCCGUGAGGCACUGCAUCACCGCAUGGUGGACAGGAUUUCCCAGUCGAAACGCAGCGCGUCAACGGCCGGCAUGACGGGCAAGGUGGAUAAGACGCCCGUGCCCAAGUUUCCGAGCAGCCCUCGGGUUGGCAGUAAUUUUACACCGGCCGCACAGAGGCUCUGGGGCAAGAUUGGAAGCAAAAGUGGAAUGACGCCUAGGACGCCCUUUGGCGACACGACGCCGAGGCACAAGGGAUCGAAGCUGAAGCAGGUAGCCAAGUGAGGUUCUUGCAGACUGGAAUGGUGGCUGGACCGAGAUUUUGAUUUACAGAUAGCGAUACAUGAUACCCAACGAGGCCGGCGAGCUUCGCGAAUGAAAUAUACACUAGUUCAACGCCCAGGAAAUGCAUC